AUGCGCUCUCAAUUCGCGCCGGCUUCAGCACUCUUAGUGUCAUUACGCUCUAGCCAUGGAAUAUACUUGACCACAUGCGGUAUCUCUUACCGGAAAUUCUCUUCCUCCACCCGCCUUUCGCAACUUGUCUCGCUCACCGACUUCCAUGAAACCAAUGUCCAAAUCCCAAUUGGAAGCUCUGGAAAUAUCUCCCUAAACAUUCUACAACCUAUUACGCGACCCGCCUUCCGGCGAACAAAUGUUAUCCUCUACCUGCCUCCAGGGCCUCUGUUUCCAAACGACAAACUGGACACCAUAACAGGCUUCAGAAAUGAUACUAAGAAUUCCGCGUACUCGGAUCCGUCUCCGUCACCGCAGCAUGCCCUGUCUUCUAGCACAUUAUCGACUGUUGUGACAGUGAACUAUCGGCUCGGACAGGUGGAAGAAAAUGGGGAGCAAAAGCGUUAUUACUACCCAGGCCCCGUACACGAUACACUGGCAGGGUUUGACUGGAUUUUUGAGCAUCUGAAACCGAAGCAGCUGUGCGUAUUUGGAAAGCACAUUGGGGCUGCGCACGAACCGAUAUGCGAUUGGACCGGCUUGGAUGAUUAUUGCUUGAAAUCCGACCUUGUACCUGAGGAAACUUUCGCAGCCGAUGAAAUACAUAGCAAUGAUAAUAAUCAUGGAGAAAAGACAACAACAACAACAACAGUAGAUCAUAACCCAAAGAAGCGUGGACGGAAGAAAAAGAUCCCAUCAUCGCCACCAGAUCUCGUCCCACUUCUUGAAGCCCGAAGUGCUCUAUUCCGCAAUCCUGUCAAUUACUUUGACUCCUUUGCUUCCCCUGCUCUGUUUCUUCGUUCUGCUGGAAAAAAUACGCCGGAGACUAUUCCCACCUAUCACACCGGUGGAGACUAUUCUAUUCCCAUAUUCGUGCAUAGUAACUUUUCUUUUGAGCCGGUACCAGAGUUGGCGCCGGAACUGAGACCAAAAGGGAAAGCGGAAGGUGAAGCUUUCGAAAUUUCUUCUCAAUCUGGGGAUGGAGCUCGUAAUGCUUUGAGCUCCAGAGCUGGGUAUGUAUUCAAGAAAGUCGGAGUGAGUGGUGAACUUGGCAGCGAUCCUCUUACGGAAGAAAACGCCUCUUGCUUUGCAUCACCAACUAUGCCUCCUCCUCGCCGUCCACGACCGACCCGUAAACGCACGCUGGAAGCGGAUGGAGAAACUAUCCUGGCACGCCAAGGAGCGGAGAUGGUCUCCCUCAUGCGUAAUGCGUGUUUCUGGGGUAGGGAGAAAGGGUAUGCAGAAGAAAGGGUUAAGGCUGUGUCCAUUCCAUUGUCUUUGUCUUCAAUGGCAGCGCUUGGCCGUGAAGGAGGUGGAUUAGUGAGCCGCGUGAAAGGCCCGAGAGGAGCUGAAGAAUGUGUUAAUCAAUCAUCUAGUGUUGAGGAACAGACUGGAAGGUAUUUCUAUAAUAUCCUAGAGCAAGUGAAUCGGAACGAAUAG